AUGUAAUAAACAUAGAGAGGUCGUAAAUUGAAAAAGAGUUAAAGUUCUAAGAAAAUAAGAGCUUAAACAGAGGAUAUUAAAAAGAAAUCAUUAAAUAAAAAAACAGUUUGUGUGAGAUAAUUUUAUGUAGGUCCAGGGAAUAAUGGAAAAUUGAUUGCAAAUUAUUUAUCAUAGCUUUAGUAUAAUUUAUAAUAUAAAUAUUUAGAGGUUGGAAAUAAUUAGAUUAAGAUAUAAGUAAGACAAAUAAUGAUUUCUAUUUAAAAUGGGUGUAAACCAAUUCUGAAAUAUAAUUUUAAUUAUUUAAGGAAGGAUAAUAAAUAAUCAAUCAUUUACCUAAUCAUAUGAUUUUGACAUCAAAAUAAUUAAUCAUAUAGACUAUGAAAGAAUAUGAAAGAUCAAAUAAAUGUAUAGAUAUUCUAUACUUAAAUAAGAAUUGUAAUUUAAUUCAAGUCAUUUUUUCCCUGAAACAUACAGAAUAGAUUUGACAUCAGAACAAUUAAGUCUUGAAGAAGAUUAAUUUCUAAAGACAGAUAAUUCAGCUAUUUGGAUAAUUAAACCAACGUAUUUUAAUUGUGGACGAGGUAUCAAGUUAUGUUCUAAUGCUAAAAAACUAAAAUAGGAAUUUUUAAAGUAGAAUUUAUAUGAUUUAGAUUAAAAUAAAUUUCAAAUUAAAUAAAAGCUUAAAAAGGAUUUUUAUAAAAUGGAAUAUUUACUGCAAAUCUAAGAAAGUGUAUUGUUUAAAGAUAUAUUGAAAAUCCUUUACUUUUAGAAGGCAGAAAGUUUGAUAUUAGAUGUUAUGUUUUGAUUGCCACAACUAGACCGUUAUUUGUAUUAUUUUAACAUGGUUAUUUACGUUUAUCAGUUGAUAAAUAUAAUGUUGAAGAUAUGGAUGAUGAAAAAAAUAGAUAUAAACAUUUAACAAAUGCAGCUAUUUAAAAAAAACAUCCAUCAUUUAAUCAGUCUAAAGAAUCAACUAUUUGGUCUAUGUAAUAAUUUGAAGUAAAUUAUAAUUAAAAUUUAUAGUAAUAUUUAAAAGAUAAAAAGAAUGUUACAUAAGAGAAGAUAGAAACAUUAUAUUUAUAAAUGAAAAAGAUAUUUGCUCAUAUAAUUAGAUGUUCAGCUGAUAAAUUUGAAAAAAGAAUUGGAACUUUUGAAUUAAUGGGUUGUGAUAUUAUGAUUGAUACAAAUUUAAAAGUAUAUUUAAUUGAGAUGAAUACUAAUCCUGCAUUAUUUUUAGGUAAUAAAUUUGAUUAUAUAUAAUAUAGAUACUACUACAUAAGCUGCAGUUAUUCCCCCAGUAAUAAAUUAAACACUUGAUUUAGUUAUUUAUUUAAAUGAAGAAAGAAAUAAACCAAUUGAAAAAAACUUAUAAAAUUAUAGUAAAUUAAAAUUAGGAAAUUGGGAAGUUAUUCAUAAUGAAGUUAUUAACUUCAAUUUAGUUACCCAAUAAAAUUGA